UCGAUGCAGCAGAGCCAGAGAUUCCGGCAUUACGUAUACGCCCAGUCUACGUCGAGUUGGCCACGUGUACGGACACGCGGCGCGGUUCGCUUCCUCCGGUGGCAGCACUUUCGUUACCAACAUUUCACUACCAACAACUUCGCGAUUCGGUCCUGAAGACAAACACAAGAAUCAAUUUUUAUACGUUUCAAAUUUGUUUUUAAAAUAUGUUCAAAAAUCCUUUUUUUUGGUUGAUUUUUUGUGUGCAAGUGCAAGUGUGAGUGAGUGAUUUAAAAGUGUGCCGGCUUGAAAAAAUGCGCGCCAAAAAUUGAGAAAUUUUCGCAGAGCGCAGCGGCAACAAAAACAAACAAAAACAACAUUUUGUAAAACAUCGACCGAAGGAGACAAACAUAAAUAGUAAUAUAUAUACAUAUAUAUUCUUAACAUGAGCACGUACAAAUAUUUAGGUUGCAGCUUUACAAUAAUAUACUCGUAAUCUGAAGUGCAUAGUCGGAACUCAACGAUAUUAAUGUGGAAAUUUAGGUACUCGCUAAGUAAAAAAUAAAUGGCGCAUGUUUAACAAACGCUCUGCUGAUCGUCGGGAUUUUAGCGUUACGUGUGGAGGACUCUUACUGCGAGCGGAGAAACAGAAGGGGAAGGAGAGAGCUUUUGCUAGAGGGAGACGGAGACAAUAAGACUGAAGCUGGCAAACCUCACACAAAAUGCGAAGCAGAAGAAGAAGCAGCAGCACUGGCAGCGCACCACAAGCACAGCAGCGGCCACAAAAACAGCAACAGCAACAUCAACAGCAACAAAAUCAAAGGUUAAUCCACGGGCCACGCUGUUCGCUGCUAAUGUUGCUAAUUGUUGGCCAAGCAGUUUACGCUUCUGCCGGCAGUGAGUUGAUCGCAAAUCGCUCGACUUCAACCGAAGAUUCGCUGACGAUAUCGCCCGCUGACCGCCCAUCGAACUUAACCAGUGCCACGCCACCUGCCCAAGGAUUUUCCAGUCCCUUUCGGGAGGAGGAUGUGGCCGAGGGGGAAACGGAGGGCUAUUGGGAGGAGGAGCGGCACACGAUGACCAUUUCCCGGCCGCCGAGAGCGGGACGCAGCGAGCGGCAGGCGGAGGAGGACCAGGUGGACCGCUGCCGGCUCUUCGUCGAGGGGAAUCCCACCAAGAACGAGCUCUACAGCCCCAACUACCCCAACCUCUAUCCGAAGAACAUCAACUGCACCAGGGUGAUAACAGCGCCAAAGGGACAAAUCAUACGCCUGGACUUUCGCAACUCGUUUAAUAUCGAGGCCAAGGAAGACUGCAAAUUUGAUUUUCUCGAGAUCCGGGAUGGCCAGUACGGCUUCUCCAAGGAACUCGGCAAGUACUGCGGCACCGACUUCCCGCCGGAGCUGACCUCCAAGGAGCGCUACCUGUGGCUGCACUUCCACUCCGACGAGACCAUCGAGUACACCGGCUUUAGUGCGGUGUACGAGUUUCUGGACAGGAGCAGGGAGGCGCCCAGCACCGAUCUCAACUGCACCAUCGAGAAGACGGGCUUCGAGGGCUUCAUCAACUCAUCGGAAGUGCCGCCGGAAAUCUGGGACCAGGUCACCCGCAACAAAAUCCCCCUCGACUGCAUCUGGCGCAUCCAGGUCCAGGAGAAGUGGAAGAUUUUUCUCAAGUUUCUGGACUUCAAGCUGAGCAAGCCGAACGACUGCGAUACGAACUUUCUGGACAUUUUUCCCGAACAGACGGUGAUGCCGCUGAGGGUUAAGAACUUUUGCGGUUCGGCGGGCGAGAGUAUUACGGCGGACUCAAACAUUCUGCACUUGCGUUACUACGCAGAUCAAAUCGCGAUUAACUCGACGUUCAGCAUACUGUUCACGGCUUUCCGAGAGCAAAGCACCAAUGGAGAGUGUAACGAAGAAGAGUACGAUUGCGCGGACUCGACAUGCAUAGCAAGCAAUCUGAGAUGUAAUGGCCAAGACAAUUGUAAAUUUCGAUGGGACGAGGAGAACUGUACGGGCGAGGCGGCUGACACGUCGGAGCAUGUGAAAAUCAUCAUUGUUGUGUUUGGCCUGAUACUCGGCGGAAUGGUCAUUACAUUCAUCGUCAACUGCAUACGCAAGAUAAUACGUGAUCAGAAGAUAAUACGCGAGCACGUCCGCGAGUCCAAGGAGAGCAAGCUGGACGAGAUGGGUCGCAACUCGAAGGGUCGUUCCAGGGAGAACAUAUCCAGGCAAAAGCACUCGCAGACCUCGCUGCAGAUCCUAGACGACGUCUCGAACAGAUACUACCGCGAGGCGAUCCCCCUGUCGACGCAGUCGAGCAAGGCGGACCUCAAGGAGAAGGAGCACAGCAUCCUGCGCCGGCACGCGGACAUGACCCAAACGAGUCUCUGUGGCGUUGGCGAGGACGAUGGUGAAUCCAGUUCGACGACCACCGCCAACCACGAGAUGAUGACCAAGGCGGCCAUGUCGGCGGUGCCCUCGAAUGCCUGCGAUAUGGGCUGUCAGACGAGGGAAUCGCUGUUUGUCAACAGUCCCGGAAUUGGACCGUCGGCGGCGGCGAGUGGGGGAGUGGGUGGCGUUCCCGUUCCCCUUGCCGUUGGCAUCGGCAUCGCCGUGGCUCCCGGCGGCGGUGUCGCCACGCUAAUGAGACAAAAGUCCAGCUCCUCCUCGCUGGGCGGCAACAGCGGCAAUGGCAGUGGAGUGGGCGCCAUGAUGAUGCCACCGCCGCCGCCGCGCUUCUUCUCCACCUUUGGCUACGAGCCAUCGGGAUCGCCAUCGGUGGCAACGCUGACGAGGCGCAGCAUGCACCAUCCGCAGCAACAGCAGCAGCAACAACACCUGCAACAGCAGCAGCAACAUAACCAGCUGCCCCGCCAGGAAUCCAUGGAAAUGGAGGAGCGACACAGCGGACGCUCGCACUACGGCGGACUGCUGGUGAACCCGACGGCCAAGCCGCCGCAGGAGAUCUGCCACCACCACCACCAGCACCAACAGCAACAGCAACAGCAGCAACACCAGCAACAGCAACUACAGCAACAUCAACAACAGCAGCAACAACAACAACAGCAACAACAGCGAUUGCAUCAUGCACAUCCGCAUCCGCCGAGUAUUGCCGCCCGCCUGCCAACGAUGAAAGGACACGGGGCAUUGGGACAGACAACGAUCCUGCCCGGCGGCAACAAGCAGCAGCAGCAGCAGCAACAUCAACAGCAGCAGCAGCAACAUCAGCAGAAGAACGAGGAGUCGAAAGUGUUCAUCGACAUACGGAAUUCGGCACCAGACGUGAUUAUCAUGACGUCCCAUUGACAUUUAAGGAUGGCCCGCCAAUCAGCAACAACAACAAGCAACAACAACAAGAAUUGUAGUAACAGCAGCAACAACAGCAGCAACAGCAACAUCGGCGGAAGGAGGAAACGUUACUGCAACUGGACAUCGGACAACAUAUUAACCGCAGCCGCAGCGUCGCUGAUGACACAACAAGGACAACAAGGACAACACGAAGGACACGAAGGAGGCGCGUUGCAAUCAGUCUGGUGUUUUAUUUUCCCACCCCCACCAUGCCACGCCUCCUCCUCCCAGUUGCAACGCCCACAUCCGGUUUGCAUUCCGCACUCGCUUCGCUUUUAAAGUGAGGUGAACGCGGUCUCUUAUGUUAAACUGCUGCCGUCUGCAGUCGAGAGUUUUCGUAAUGAAGACGCCAAACUUUUUCUGUAACUAUUAAUUUUGAAAAGUUUCCGAAGCGACUUUAUACUAUUUUUUUAUUAUUAUUUUUUUCUUUGGUUGGGUUGCUAUUCGGUAAAGUUAAUGGGGAAGUUGCUUUGAGCGCAGGAUAAGGCGAUAUCAGUAUGUAUAUGCAGUUGCGUUUAAUAUAACAAUUUAUGAAAGUUGGUUUUAAAGGUAGAAAAAGGUGAAGUAAAUUAAAGCCACUUUUGGAGCUUUUGAUCUAAGAUUAAGUUAAAGGAAAAUCGACUUUUUAAAUGUACGAUGGCAUGUAGAAGAUAAUUUAAUUAAAGUUUCCAUAAUAAGCGCAGCUGUAUAUAGAAUACCUACAUUUUGUAUGAUUAUUGCUUGACUAUUCAGAAAUUCUAUGUGCAAAAUCAUGUGUAUUUGCCCCUUCUGAACUACCCACUCCACACUCCAUCUUGCCAUGUCACACCCAAAUCGACUUGAAAGAACGCCAAUUGAGGGUCUUUAAGACGACAUAAGUCCACUAAUAGCUCGACAGCGACUGGACCUGACUGGGCGAGACAAAUGGAAGAUGUGUCGGUCCGUUGGCCUCGGCCAGCCCCUUUGCAAUAGCCAAAAGGGAAUCCAAGAAGGGGAGGAGGGAUAAGGGAAGGAAAAGAGUGGGAGGAGGGGAAUGGCCCGAAGAGCUGUUCCAGUUGUUGUAGCCGGCGGAUCGCAAUUGCUGGCGACAUUUGCCGGGCAUUCUACGGCUGCGACAGCGGCAUUUUCAGCUUGAAAACAAUGCGAAACGCAGGACACAGAUACGGAUGCGAAUGCGAAUGCGGAUCCGGAUACGGCGGAUGCGGAUGCGAAAGGGGAUUGGGGAUAGGGAUAGUGAUAGUGAUAGGGAUGAAGAUGGAGAUGGAGAUGGAGGGAUAAGGAUACAGAAUACGGGGGAGUGGAGACACUAAGCAGACCGCUGACAACGUGGCGUAUGAGCAACAUGUCCCAGAACAUUGUUAUCGGACUCCACUGCCAGCAGGUCCACCAGUCAACCAGUCCACCUUUUCCAUUCCCCAUUUCCAUUGCCCCAACUUUCCUCCAGCAUGUUUGCCGCCUGCCUGGAAAAACGCUCGACAGGAACUUCUUCAUUUACAUGCAUUGCGAACGUGGUCCAUUUCACGACGAUGUCGCGACCAGAGUCCAUCCAUCAAGAGCACGUGCUCGGAGCUCCAUUUCAGGUUUGGGCUCUCACUUGGGCUUUCACUUGAGUUUCGGGUUUGUUUUUGGUUUGUGUUUGGGUUAUGGGUUGGUUUUCAGCCCCGGUUCUGCCUUUCCCAACAAGCAGUUUGCGCGAAAAUAGUUUUUAAGUGAUUUCGGAGUGGUCCACUCCACUAGUUUUAUGAAAUUCAUUGCUACUUCCCUUUUAAAAGGCCAAGCCAAGUGUCCGUUCUUAACCCAUUAAUUACCAGGGGCCAUAAAAUACACCACCUUUAGAGUUGGUUACUUACUUAUUUUCUUGCAAAAAUAUUACAAGCUCACAAAAUUAAUGAUUUUUAAUAGUUUCUAUAUAUUCUCCAAACUCAACAUUUCACAGUUUCAUAAACAUAAAAAGUUAAAUUUUUUAAAACAGCAAAAACAGCACCCAAACACAUUUUCAAUGGAAAACAUAAUAAACACAAAUAGUACUUUUUUUUUAAAUUUAAACUCCAAUUUUUUUUAUUUUUUUGCCCACAAUUUUAUACACUUUAAGUUAGGUUUACCCAUUUUUUCUGUGUUCAGACGAAAAUAAACGCCAUAAAAUCGAUAAAAAAAAAAAAAAAACAUUUUCAAAGGUAGUUUCCGCCCCAAAGUUGACUAGAGUGCUUUCCCAAUUUACGUGGACUCUCGUGCAGCGUGUAAUGGGUUAACGAAGGACCUGGAAAUCUUUUUAGUUCAUCUGCCAUCUAAAUCCCUUUCAAUUAGAUAAAUUAGCUGGCCACCGAUUUCUCCGCACCUGCAAAAGUUUCCCCAUUUACAGGCGAACAGGUUUGUUCCCUGGAAUCCGUCGGUCCGCAAUUAGCUGGUCACCAUAAUGCGGUUGGUUUUUGGGGUUUUAGGUUUUGAAGCUUCAGGGGGUUUCGGGGGUGGGAUUUUGGGGGGGACAGGAUCAUCUCAGCGGCUUGAGUGGUCUGAGUGGAUCCGAUGGUGUAAAUAUUGUCGCAGCUGGCCAAAAAAACAUGGGGGUUGACUGUUGUAAAAAUAAAGAUGACAAUGACAAUGAGCGAGAGCGUUGGUUGGGGGGAAAUCCAUUUGAUUGAUUGAAUUUAAAGGGCAGCGACAGCCAAGCGGGAAAUGCGGGAAAUCGGGGAAAAUUACAAGACCGAUGUCUGAUAAUGAUAAUGGCGAUGAUGAUGGUGCAGUGCUGCAGCUUUUUUAUUCUGUCCUAGUGAAAGCUCAAAUCAUUAGAGUGAUUAAAGGUCGAGCUGACAUGACAAGAGUUCCUCUGACUUGACUUGGACCCUCAUCAUCUUGAGCUCUCAAAUCAGUCAUGGAAAAUUCUCGUGCUCUAAAAUCUUCAUCGAGUAAAAAGUGCGGAAAUGUGAAUUUAGACAAUUGUACAUUUUUAAGCGGGAAAAAGUCCGUCUUUUAUUUUUUUGUAUCACUUUCAAAAAAUUAGUUUACAAUUCUAUUGUGCAUGUUGACUUGUCUAGGAAAUAACCCUUAUCAAUUUAAGGUCAAAAAUCAGUCAUGGAUAAAAAUGAUUAGUUCCAGAAAAAUUCAUGCAAAGAUUUUAGAAAAAUGUGAAGCCAACAUUAUAAAUUUAUGCAGAUGUUAUACUUUAUUGGAUUAAAUCACGCUGCGAAUAUUGUUACUUAUCUUCCCUUCAAAUUCCGUCUUUCGCCAAAAGCUCACUUUCAUUUUUAAUAUAUGUACUUUUAAGAACCCUGUCUUUACUUGAACUCAACCUUAAACAAAUCUGUCAAAAUGCUCUAAAAUUAAGUUUCUAAAAAAAUUGCAAGCCAAAAGAAUUUAACCAAAUGUAAAUUUAUUUUUAGGAAAAUACUCACUUCUAUUGUUUUGUAAUCUCUUCUAAAAAAUUAGUUAAGGACCAGGAAAAUAACUUUCCCAUUUCUAGGAAAUUCACACCUCUGUUAAAUAUAUAAUUUCAAAACCGAUUUGAGGGACAGGGAAAUGUCUUGUUCCUUUUGUACAUAAAGCUAAACAAAUUUAGGCUUUUUUAGGCUUAAUAAUGAAAUAUUUUUAAUCGUUAAAUGAUUUUUGUAUUUGUUUUGUUAUAAUCCUGAGAUCUAUAGGACAUUUUUCUAGCUAAAAUGUAAGAUGAAAUUUAGCGAUUUUACAAGAAAAAAAACAACAUCAAGAAUCUAUACUAAAAAACUAAAAAAAAAAAACUUAAACAAAAAAGGUAAUGGAAAAUAAUGUGUACCAUAAGUCAGCUAUGCGUAGGAUUAAGUUAAAUGUACGAUAAUUUUUUUUUAUAAAAACAUAUACAUAAAUACUGAAAGUAUCAAAAUGAACUACAAAGAAACCCAGCAAAAAAAUAUUUAAAAACUUGUCUCUUUUUUUUUCCAAAUGACUGCGAACAUUGUAAUUGUAAAUUGUCGAGCGACAAAAAAUGUAUACACAAACGAGCAUUAAAUAAAUACUUGAAAAAAUGCUUUCAAAAGUAUGGAUUUAAAUGGAUAUGGCGAAAGAGAUAAGCGAGCAGAAUUGUGAGUGAGGAUUUGUGAGUGUUUGAGUGCG